AGAACGUACGUCAGCUGUUUUGUUAGAGGUGCGUGCAUCGGGAAUAGUAUAUUGUUGACUGGAGGGGCACUUCGCAGUUUGUUGGUCCGAUCAUAUUUCUUUGUUUAUUUGAUGUGCAAAAUCGUACUAUUAUCGUAGAAAACGUCUUGCCGCGAGUGAAAGACCACGACGCGUCGAGAAGCAACAAAGGAAAUCGUAGUAACGGCUACACACUAUCUGGUACCCGCUGGAAAUUGAUUCUGUCGAGGAGCAGUGUUCGCAAAGGCGUCCGUCCGACUGUAGUGUUCUGUGCUACCACUUCAGGAGGUUUAGGACGUUCCGCUUCCUGGAACAGGCUGCAGACUUUACUUCCAGAAGAAAAAUAUGGCACAAACAACGAGCAGCGCUCUAAGGGCACUUGCCCUCGAAUAUAAAAGUCUUCAAGAGGAACCUGUCGAGGGAUUCCGCGUGAAACUCGUUAACGAGGACAACAUGUUUGAGUGGGAAGUAGCUAUCUUCGGGCCCCCAGAUACGCUUUACCAAGGAGGAUACUUCAAGGCACACAUGAAGUUCCCGCCCGAUUAUCCGUACAGUCCACCCAGCAUUCGGUUUAUGACGAAAGUUUGGCACCCGAACGUAUACGAGAAUGGAGAUCUAUGCAUAUCAAUCCUGCAUCCACCAGUAGAUGAUCCACAAAGUGGAGAACUGCCAUGCGAGAGGUGGAAUCCGACACAGAAUGUCAGGACGAUCCUGUUGUCCGUGAUUUCGCUUCUGAACGAGCCCAAUACAUAUAGCCCUGCCAACGUGGAUGCCUCGGUGAUGUAUAGGCGCUGGCGCGACUCCAAGGGUAAAGACAAAGAGUAUGAAAAUAUCAUAAGAAAACAAGCACAAGCAGCAAAGAUGGAAGCUGAGAAAGAGGGGAUCGUCGUACCAGUAACGUUGGAAGAUUACUGCAUUAAGACUCAUGCGAGGCCAGCUGAACAACAGCUAGACAUGACGGAUUUCUAUGAUGAUGAGUACGAGCUGGACGACGACGACGAUGAUGAGCAAAUGAGCGCCAGUGACUACGAAGACGGUGACGACAGUGGCAACGGAGAGUCGUGAUCCAUUUUCUCAAACUAUUAAAAAAAAACUCGAAAACGCUAAUUAUUAUCAGUUCUGUAUAGAUUAAUAAAUUAACGGGCUUCUAAACCGGACGCUCUCUCUUUUCAGACGUGCCACCUUAAAUUCAAGUACGCGUUUAAAAAAGAACUUAACUCGUCGUUAGGUAUUUAAGUAGGCUCGUAUUUUAGGAUGAUGUCGAUAAUAUCACGUUAUUCUUCGUCACAAUAUCUUAGACGAAAUCGACAUAAAAUUCGUUGAUUAGUUAUUUAUCAUUAUAUUAUUUUUGUUGAUCGUGAUCAUUUCAAUCUAAGAUUGAAUAGUUUUACAAUGUAUUUUGGUUUCGAUUCAACUAAUAAAAAUAUUUAUAAACCGGUUAUAACGCCAUGAAGAUGUAACGAGAUUUUAUUAGAAUAUACACAUUAUGAAGUGAUAUGUAAUUUGGAAAAUCUCGAAAAAAGAAAUAAUUCUAUGUAUGCUAAAUUGUUGAGAAUGCCGUGUUUAUAAGCUCUUUAACUUAAGCAAUAUACGGUAUGAAAAUAAGUACUUUGUUAGAAGCACUGUGCUUGUUGUGUUGUGGUUGGCACGUCGAUCUUUUAACUAGGUAAAAAGUAAAAAGGACCAAUUGAUUUACCUUAUGGUGAUCAGCGUUCGAUAAAAUUAAUCAUAAAUGAGAAGUACAAUGAUUGGGCUGGUUCAAAUCUUCUUUAUCCAUGUGUUGUAUUUGAAAUUAUCAAUGGGUAUAUCAAUUGAUCCUGCAUUUUAAAUCUUCGAUAAAAAUUUACAUUGAAUAAAGUGAAAUUCCUCUGUUUCGUAUGAUUAUUUAUGCUAUAAAGCCAAAAGUUGGUAAGAAAUUCGGAUGUGUGAGAAAAGAAGCAAACUGCCAAAAAAGACCUGUUAAACAUUCUUCGUAGUCGUAAAUUUUAUUUAAAACAGGUAUACUGUUGGAAAAAAGUUUCUUAAAUGUUCUUUUUUUCGAUUCGACCGACUAAUUCAAAUCAUUUUUCUUCUUUUAUACACACAGAUUUAUAUAAGUUUAAAUAUUACGUUAGACAUUUAUAUUUCUUGUUUAUAAUGGAGCUACGAGGAUUGUCUUUUGCGAAAUAGUGUAACGUUUUAGGGCAGGUCUUUGGACAGCUUGUUUAUUCAUGAUUUCUAAACAUAGAAUAUAAUUUUUUCUAUGAACGAUAUAUCUUAAGUUUCAAUGAUUUUUCAUUAAUAUAAUUAAAUUCCUUUGAGAAAAGUACUGAAGUACGUCUAUAAACUUCUACGUGCAUUGCGCUACAUCCACAAAGUUAGUUUAGCUUAUAACAAUUAUUAAGAUCUCUUGAUGUUAAGUAUUAUCUUUCACACGGGGACGAAGCUUUGUAGGUGAAGUUAAUUAAACAUAAGCUUACUACUUAAGUGAAAGGAAUACCAGAUACAGCUAACCUACUCUGUGGUAGUGUAUCUGUGCUCGUACGACUGAAAUUGUAAAUAGUACAUGAAACCCAAUCUUAAAGACAUAAAAUGUGUAAAUGGUACUUCUAUCUUCGUUCUCCAUUAGCCAUUUUAUUAAAAGACCAAAAUUAAGUGUUGAAAAAUGUUAAACGGUAAAAUAAAAGCAAAAGAAUAUUUAAAUUUCAA